AUGUCAGCAACCGAUGGUGAAUCCCGCCACGUCCCUGACCGUGGCCCGGCCGUCUUCGCCGUCACCGUCGCGACCCUCGCCCUCGCGACCGUCUUUGUGGCUGCUAGGCUCUUUUGCCGCUCUGCCAUUGUCAAGAGAAUCAGCUGGGACGACAGGAUCAUGGGCUUGGGUUGGAUACUUGCCUUCGGUCUGUCAUUCACUAUCGCAUAUGGCACGCAAAAAGGCCUGGGCAAGUACGACGAUGACAUCGAUGCGGGCGACCUCGGGGCCCUGAGACGAUGCGAAUAUGUCUUUUCUGUACUCUAUAAUCCGGCCCUCAUGGCAACCAAGUCCAGCAUCCUCGUCUUCUACCUCCGUCUUUCCAAGAACACGCAGAGGGUUUUACGCUUCGCUUCGUGGGCCACACUCGCCGUGGUAAACCUCGCCGGGGCCGUCCUUACUCUGGUGAACAUAUUCCAGUGCAGCCCUAUCAAUGCCGCCUGGCAAGUUUGGACCGAGCCAGUGCGGUGUAUCCCACUCCUGACCCUGUUCAUCUGCGCUGCCCCUGUUAACAUCAUCACCAACCUCGUCAUCGUGGCGCUUCCUAUUCCUGUCCUUACCAGCAUGAGAUUGCCUCCCAGGCAAAAGUACAUCCUGGUCUUCACUUUCUCACUCGGCAUCUUCGUCACUGUUGUCGAUGUUGUACGCAUAUAUUACCUUCAGCAGGCCAUAUCCGCCCCCGCUUCCCCCUCGACCGACCGAAAGUCCUCGUUUGGCGGUACGCACAAUUUCGCCUGGAACUCGUCCUUGUCCUUCAUGUGGAGUGCUGUCGAGGUCAAUGUCGCCAUGAUCUGCGCCUGUAUCCCAACCCUGAAGCCACUGAUGGUUCGGAUCCUCCCGGCCAUGCUCAUCGACCCGGACGGUACUCGGCGUAGUUCGAGCGGCCGCAAGGAGGGCUCGUCCGAUGUCCCUAGUAGGCUUGGGGGUGGCAGUGGCAGUGGCAGUGACGACAUUGGGAUCCAUGAGCCGGUCCCUGCCCGGGCCGCCGGUGGGCGUGAAAGAGGAGGAGGAGGAGGAGGAACGUGUACCGACACAGAGGCGGAGGCAAACGCAGACGAAGCCAUGUCAGCUCUCGAGUUUAUCACCAUGCCCAGCAGGCUAAGCCGCACCACUAGUAACAAUGCGACUGGACUCCGGAACGCUCAAACCAUGCCGGCGGCUAUGAGGGUUGGGCCACAAGCACAGGACAACUCGAUUUACUUUGGCUUCGUCGAUUUGAAACACCCGAAAAGCAUGAUCAAGUGCAACGCACGCGAUUCCUUUCGGCACUGCCUUGUCGUCACGGUUCUCUUCUUCCUUUGGGGCAUCUCGUACGGCCUCCUCAACACCCUCAAUAAUGCCGUUGCGGCCGUCUCCGAGAUGACGGACGCGCAAAGACUGGGUCUCACGACUGCCUACUUCGGCUUCGGCUACUUCUGCGGGCCCUUGCUCGUGGGUGAAUGGAUACUGCGACGGGACGAACACCACAGGGUGCACCGAGCGAGGGAUAAGGACGACACCAGUCGGAGCGUGGGCGGAUUCAAGGCCACCUUCAUCGUGGGCCUGUGCUUCUAUGGCGUGGGGACCAUUAUCUUUUGGCCUUCGGCCGUCAUGGAAUCGUGGGGUGGCUUCCUACUCAGCAACUUCGUCGUCGGCGUGGGCCUCUCCACCCUCGAGACGGGCGCCAACGCCUUCAUGGUCCUGUGUGGGCCGGCACCAUACGGCGAGAGCCGGCUGUGUCUCGCCCAGGCGGUCCAAGCCGUGGGCAGCGUCGUCAGCGUCCUGAUGGCGCAAAAGGUCUUCUUCGACGAACUCGACGACGAGGCUGCCAUCGAGUCACUAUCGCUCCUGAGGAUCCAGUGGACGUACCUCGCCAUCACCCUUUUCUGCGCCGCCCUCGCCCUGUUCUUCUACUACGUGCGCCUCCCCGAAGUGGGGGACGCGGAACUUCAAGAAGCUGCCAACCGCCUGCCCGUUGACCCGGAGAAGCGUACCGCGUUCGGCGGCCUCCAGCUCCGAACCGUUUGUCUCGUCCUUGCCGUGACGGCUCAAUAUACAUACACGGCGUGCCAGGAGUCUAACUCUAUCUUCUUCCGACCGCUUCUCGACCCCCACCGAGUCGCCGGCGUAGCAUACUCGAGCCCGCUCACCGCAGAGGACACAGACCAGCUUCCGGGCCUCGCGCUCUCCAUAGCGGACUAUCGUCUUGUGGCGCACGCCGCCUUUGCGCUGUCUCGCUUCCUCGCUGCCUUCCUCACGUACAUGGCGGUGAAGAACUCGCGUUUCCCCAGGCCCCGUACCCUUCUCGCCAUUAGCGUCGCCGCCUCGUUCCUCUUCGCCCUCCUCGUCGUCGUCCUGCACCCGCAGGACCCCAAUAUGCUGGUCAUCCCCGUCAUUCUUUUCUACUUCGCGGAAGGGCCGUGCUGGCCCCUCAUUUUCGCCAUCGGCCUGCGAGGUCAGGGUCUUCGAACUAAACGCGCGGCGGCGUUCAUCACAAUGGGCGGAUCCGGGGCAGGAUUUUUCCCUUUUGUUGUGUGGGCCAUCACCCAACAUGGAGGGACGGUGCAGCUGGGCUUCGUCGUGAUUGUGGCGCUGUGCGUCGUCACGUUCGCGUAUCCCUUGUUCCUUGGUGUGGUUCGUGAUGCCCGGAUCAUGACGGAUCCGCGAAACACCGUCGUCUUGAGCGGUGGCAGCCGAGUCGCGUCUCUGUCUAGAUACAGAAGAGACCGGGGGGAGGGUUUCGACGGCGGGGAUGCGGCGAGGACGUGGCCGCGGAGUUGA